AGAUUUGUGUUUGACUGUUUGGAAAAUGUUUAUUUACGUUUUCCAAAUUAGGUAAUUCCAAAAAUCGUUUGUCGGGAAGAUAAGUAAUUAGUUUAGAAAGUUUUAUUGUUAAUAAUAGUGCAUAGUGGAAUUAUCAAAAUGGCUAACAGGACUUCGGACAUUGAUGCUAUCAUAUUAGCUGAAAAAGACACUUGGGCUACAGUAAUUGAUAGCUUUGUAAAAACGUCUUUAGAAGUAUUCAGUUUUCCUGAGUUGACUAAUGAUGAAAAAAGAAAAAAUGUAUGGAAUGCUGUAUACAAUAUUGCCAAACAUUCUGAUGAUCCAGCUGUUACAAAAAAUUGUUUUAUAGCAGUAAGAAUCUUAAGCCGUGAAAAGGAACAUCUAAGUGAAGUUAUCAGUGAUGAUUGGAUCAAUUUAAUCAAACACCAUUCUGGAUUGGACAAUGAAAACUUUGAAUAUAAUGAUAACAAAUCUUUAAUUUGCGUAGAGGUGCUAAAGAGUCUGUCAAAUAUACUUUUUAAUUCUAAGAAAAUUGCUGAAAAGUCUUUAGAAAAUGGAAUAUUGGAGGGGUUGACCAAUAGAAUAAAACAUAAGAACAAAAAUAUAUCAGAGGACAUAAGAUUUAUGGAUAUACGACUAGUAUUUUUAAUUACAGCCUUGUGCCCCGAAGCUAGGAACAAAGUUUAUGACAUGAUUGAUAUAUUUAUUAAAAUUUUGGAAGAAAUUCUACAGGAAGCAGCUAAAAACCACAUGAAACAUGAAGAUCUACCACCGAUUUACUUAACUCCUGCUCAAGCUGAAAUGGUGUCAGAAAUACUAAAAGCGCUUUUCAACUUAACUAUAAGAAUAGAUGAAGCUGAUGUAGAAACUGUAGCAACUUGUAUACAACUUGUUAAGGUUCUCCGCAGUUAUCUUUUAAUAUCCUCAUCAGAUCUAGAAAAAACAUGGAUUUUGCGUAAUGAUGUCAUCAAUCUGUUGACGAAUAUGCCCGAAGAAGCUUAUUCCGAGUUGCUACCUCCGAUCUCAGAGUCCCACCAAAUUAUAAAAACUUUGGAGUUUGAAGGAAAGAACAUGACCGCUAUUUAUGAAAUGACAAUGUUCUUGAAGGCCAAGUUUAAUGAUCAACCUGAUAUCUAUAAUCAACAUGAAAUCCUGUCCCCUAUAGUAACAGUUCUUCUAAAAGGAGCAACCACUCACAGACCUAUCAGAAAGUUUUUAAGGAAUCAAAUUUUACCACCUCUAAAAGAUGUCCACACCAGACCCGAAGAAGGCGACACAUUGAGGAACCAUCUGUGCAGAUUACUUACCACUCCUGUCACCCAGCUGCGGGAUUUGGUUGCCAAUUUCCUGUUUGUUUUGUGCAAAAACAAUGUGGCCCGUAUGAUAAAAUAUACAGGAUAUGGCAACGCAGCAGGACUUUUUGCUACCAAAGGUGUCCUAGCAGGUGGACGUUACAAAGGUGAAGACGAUUAUGAUUCUGAAAGUGAGGACAGUGAGACUGAAGAAUAUGCUGAUCAUAAACAUGGAAUAAAUCCAGUCAUUGGUUGUUACGAAGAACCUCAUCCAAGUGCUUCAGAUAAUAUGUCAGAGGAACAGAAAGAAUAUGAAGCCAUGAAGUUAGUGGAACUUUUGGAUAGUCUAAUGAAAUGUGGAACAAUAAAACCUUGUGUAGUAGGCAAAGACGGCAAGCCUGAACCAGUAACGCAUGUUCUGCAGUUGCAAGAAGGACUAAAGGAAGGAAUGCUUAAAUUUUUAAAUGAGGACAGCGAUUAGAACAAUUUUAGGUUACAUAAUAUAAUCAAAAGUCUGCAAAAUAGGAGCAUUUACUAAAGAUACUUAUCGUUUUUGUGUAUAAAGUAAUAGGGUAUUUUGAGUUUAAGUGUUGUCUAUUACGUCAAUUAAUUAUUCUUCUGGAUAAAAGUAACAUUUUUUAUUUCUAUGCAACACGCAAAUUUAUAAUACUGUUAAAAAUAUACAAUUAUAAGACAAUAUAAACAUAAAUCAUAUAAAAUUUGACAGUUACGUCAAAGGCGCCAAAACGUGUUGUGCGUGACUAACAACUACCUGUAAAACCAAGUUUAAAAGAAAAUAAAAUAAAAAGGAUAACCGUAAAGGUUGUAUAUUGUUUGUAUAAAUUUUUUGUGUUAAUUUUAUCCCGAAGUGUAUAGAUUUUAUUUGGUAAAAGUUUACAUUAGCAGAUAUCAACUUCAUAAAAUAAAUCCCGGGCAUUUGUGCAUUAAACAAAAUAUUAUACACAAAUACAAUGUUGCCACAUAUGUUAUAAAUAAUUAUUUAUAGCGUUAUUACUUUAUUUAUUCAUCAUAUAUAUUUCAGCUGACACUGACAGCCACACCGUUCUCAAUCUUCUUAUUAAAGGUCACUUCACAUGCUUACUUGUAACAACAUUAUACAAUUGAGGGGUCCGGCAGUGUAAAAAAUGGCAAGGGACAAUAAAGAAGAUUUGAUAGAUAUUAAAAAAUAUAAGACUAUAAAUCAUGCUAGAAUUAGCUGAUCAUGUCGUUAAUCAGUAGACAAAAUAUGAAAUACCAAGUAUCUUUUUACAAUGUUUAUUGAGGAAAAUAUGAAAAUAUGUACUACGACUUUAACAUUAUUUAUCUAAAAUAUUUGAAAAAGUUUAACGUAACAUUUUAAGUGGUAUUGACUUAACAUAAUUUGGUAGGUACUACGAGUUUAUUUUAAGUUUAUCAUAUAUUUUUAUUAUUUUUACAUCUUUUAGUUUUUCUGGAUGAAUACGAAGGAGUUGAUUAUAUUUUAUAAUUAGAGAAAUUAUAUUUAUUAGAGUAAAUAUUAAUUUAUAAUAGAGUUAGUGUAGGAAAUUUUUGUUCUACAGCUGUUUGUCUUCCUCUUUUAUCCAAGCACAUGGAAUUAAAUAAUCCGUUGUAUGAUGCUGGACAUUGUAUAUUUUUGGGAACUUCUGAAGAUAGGCAUAACAUUACUUUGUAAAAUACCUACCGGUUGAUUAAAAUAGCUUUUCUAUAAUAUUAAGAAUAUAUUUCUAUAAUAUUAAUAAUAAAUAGUAUAUCUCUUGCUGGUCCCUAGUUACUAGAAAAGGUUUCUUUUUCUGACACUUCUUCAAAAUAUCUUCCCAGUGAUUGGGCGAAUAGACCAUUUCACACUUUUGCUUGACAUAAUUUUCUACAACAGAAAACUCUCUGCCGUUUGGCAACGUUGUAUGUCCUACUUGAGGAAAUAGAUGAGUCAUUUUGUAAAAGAUAAAGCCAAAGACCCAUGAUGGUCCAGUUUUUAUUUUGUCCGCAGCAAUUGUCUGAAAUAGCUAUUAGUUUUCUGCCACGAAUAUUAUUUUUCUCAAAGUACAUUUUGAGACAGUUCAUCCGUCCCUUUAGCAGUGGAUUCAUCCCACAUAAAAAAGUGACCUUGAUCAUCUCCAAGGGAAUGUAUGCUUAAAUUAUAGCAACACAGUUUUCUCUUAUAGAACAUGGGACCAGUGGCUUGCACAUCCGGAUUUAAGUUUGCUUCCUCUACUGCGUCUCUGACUGCCUGUUCACCUGCUUCAGCUUUUAUAUGAUGUAAUUCUUGUUCAGUUUUAAUUUUUUCAACCUCAAUUUCAUCAUUGUGUAGCAUUUUCUAAAGCUACUGAAAACUUUAAAGUUUUGAAACUUAUAUUAGGUAAAAGAAAUAAUAAAUAAGACGUACUCACAAUCAAUUAAUUUAAUUUUAAUCAAUUUAAUUGCUUGUGAGUAAGUCUUAUUUAUUAACCUAUUUGAAAUGGACUCACACAAGCAACACAUUCAUGAUUAUAUAUUAUAUUCUUCAGUAAAUAUUCUUCUGAAUUUAUCUGCAGAAUAUGGAGUUUUCUUUUUCAAAAUGCAUUCUCCUACAUAUUUCUCAUAACAAGUCUGAAUAGAAGAUUCCAUACUCAUAUAUUGUGUAGAGCUGUCAGCACGGGUGUAAUGGCUUUUGUACUUAGGUAAGCCUUUAAUAAAAGAUUUCCGAAAAUCUAUAUCAAAAUUGGAAUAUUUUUUACGAUAAUUUGAAUGUCGACCUCUUAGAUCUGAUUUGGGAGCAUUUGAUCCAGUUUUUAAUUAUUUUACUAGAUUUUCAACUCGACCUUAAUUUUUCUGUAAGCCAUGGAUACUUAGGAAAGCCAUUUUGCACGCCUUAACAUCUUUUCCUUUUGAUUUUAAUUUAUAUUCAAUAGUUUGAGAUCUUUUUGACACUAGUGCUUCUUCUAGUUUUCUUCCUAGUCACAUUUUUAGAUCUCAUAUAACCUUGUAAGUAAGCAUUUUGUGUAUCAAAACUGUUCAUGUCCCAAAAAUUAACAAAAAUUGUCUGCAGUUCUUCGUGAGAUGCAAAUAACUCAUAGCUUUUAUUGGGACAACUACACGGUGGACCUUAUGUUUUUGAUAAAACCAUAUUUCUCUUACAUUUGUAUUGCUUAUAUUCUUUUCUGCGAUUUCUGAACUCUUUCGUUUUAAUUGCUUACUUAAAUUGCGUUUCCUUUUUCUAGAUUUUGUUUCUGAAACAGAAUCUUCUUUUUCUUGUUUACUGUGUUCACUUAAUUCUUCUCUAUUUUCUUUUUCUUCGUCCCCUUCUUCUUCAGUACGGGACUCUGCGUAUGUGUGAGAAGAAAUUUCUUGAAGUCCAUGUUCUACCAAAAGUUUUCUAAAACAUUAAUAAAAAUAAUAUUAAAUAUUAUAGCGCUGCAAAGAAUUCAUUUUUAUAUUUACAAGUAAAAAAUGUUACGUUCUUAUGCAAAGUGAAUGUGGAUGUAAACAUCCUUUACCAUUUUUUACUUGCAAACAACUAUUCUAAGAAUAUAAAUAAAUUUCUUUCUAGAAAGUUAAUCUAGCUAGCUUCACUAAAUAUUUAAAAUUCAAGAUGUUUAUCUGAGUCGUAAUCAUCGUAGCUCUCAGAAUUAUCACUAUUAACAUCAAAAAAGCCAUUUAGAUUUGAACAACCUGCUUUGUCUUCCGCCAUCGUGGACACAUAACAUUAUUUUUAUUCUUAUGCAUGUCUCUUACCUAAUUUUAAGAAAUGAAUCUGACCCUAUCUAUUAUACGGAGGAUAAAAUAAGUCAAGUUUUCUGCGUUGUCAUGUCAUUUGCCAUAUUUUACGUAAUAUUUCGGAAAAAACUCAAAAUUUGUCCAUUACCAUUGUUUAUUACCGAGCCCCGCAAUUAUUUUUGCUGAGUAAAUAUGUUGAAUUUAAAUUUUAAGUAGUACAGUACAUAUGAGUUACAACUAAUCCUAAUAUGCUGGUAGAUGUAAUUUCCCUAAGCUAACCUAAUUAAAUAAAAACUAAAAGUUUAAAUUAAUAUAACAAGUUAAUAACCAAUGAAAUACAAACAGAGAACUACGAACGCAGAGAAGCUACACUCCUUUGAUCUUGCGUGGGCAAGCCGCCAACGAGUGAAAAUGACAGGAAAUCACCUUAUUUUUUAAUGGUCAGUGGGCAUAUUACACAAUAUAAAUUCUUAAAUAAAAUUGAGCAUUUAUGUUGACUUUCAAUAAAUAUGAAAUAUUGCACUGAAAAAAUAAUUACAUGCAGGGCCGGCUUUUGUUGACAUUCUAAAUGGUGUAAUUAUUUUUGAUUUACAAAAGGUUGCAAAUACAUCGCACAACGCAAAGUAAUGGUGAAAAUCGUAUUGAUGGAACCAUAGAUGAAAAUACUUUUUUGUUUAUUCUAAUGUUGACAUUGAUAAUACAAUAAUACACCGAUUCUUUUUGGCUUGUGUUGAUACAAGAUAUAAUUUGUUCGUCGUGGAAUUUCCUAAUAAAUUAUCUUUCGUAAUAUCAUCGAAAAAUAACAAAGCCAUUGUAACUGCCACGGAAAUUUCACAAACUCUAAAAAUUCCAAUUCUCUUUGGGUGAGACUGAGAAACAAGAAACUUUAUAUUGAUAUCGAUUGUUAAUGUAUUGGAAACCAAUUAAAAUUACAUUUUUCCUUUAAAGUCGAAUAUUGAAGUAAACGAUUAACGAUUUAACUUUUGUCAAUAUCUCAUCUUAAUAAAUUUACAGUUUUCUCCUAAUUAAGUCUCAAAAUUGUCACUAAAUAUUGAGAUAUACAAUAAAUAAAGUUUUAAUAUUUUUUAUUUGUAAUUCCCAUUUAAAUAUUUAUUCCCUAAAUAUGUUGUGUACUCCGAUCCAUAUAUUUGAUCUUUGUUAUUUAUAUUUAACGAAUUAAACAUUGACAGACAACUUUUGUAUAUAGCAAAAAGUAGAUGAGCAUUUAGUUUUUUCAUAAUUUAAUGUAAGUUUGUUUGGUAAAAAAGACAGCAAAUAUUUGAAGUUAUGUUAAUGUAAGUUUGUUUAUUUGCAAUCAUGUUUUUAUUUUGAAGUCUUGUUCUGUUGUAAUUUUAAGAUUUUCCCAAUUUUCGAUCUAAUUAUGUUUCCAACAAUUUUUAGUUUGAGCAUUUUAGGAAUUUCUUUGUUUCGUUUAAAUCAAAUAUUCUCGUGUAUAAAACCCUCUAUAUAUUUUUAUUUCCUAAAAAUACUAUAUUCGUAUUGUUGUCUGCGAGCGCUUUCACACCAGUAGGCCAACAUCUGUGUUGAUUUUUUGACCUGAGCCUUCGGAGACAAUAAAUUUAAUGUGUGUUCGUAGUUCUCUGGUUUUUAUUCUGAACUAUCCCUUGGCAAACCAAAAUUUAUUUUUUAAUUGCUUCACUUAACGAGAGCUCGGGCGGACACGUCGGUGUCGGCUUACUCAAAGUCAAAUUAAUACUAUUAUGUAAUAACUAAUAAUAAUUACAAAGCAAUAGUAAUUACCUGUUAUUAUUCUUAGGAAAUCUAAAUAAACUUAUUCCUUUUCCUGUCACAGAUGAACAUCCGCGAAACGCACAACAAUAACCAGAAGACAUUUUAAAUACUUAUAAAUUAAACUUUUAACUAUAAACUAUAACUAUAAACUUAUAUAUUUAACUUAUAUAUUUUAACUAUAACUAUAAACUUUUAACUACUAAGUAAAUUAGAUAAAUGGUCAAAUGCACUUGUAUAGUCGAGAGUUUACCACAGAUGCCUAUGGACUAUCGUAAGCGACUAAAGUUGAAGAAAACGCACGUGUUUUUGACAGUAAAGCACCUUAUUUGGGUCAUGCGUAUACAGAAAAGAUACACGAAUUCCGGGCCUCGUGUCGCUUCUCUGUGUUCGUAGUUCUCUGAUACAAACCCAAUUCAACAUAAAAAAUGUAAUCUAUUAUAAUGCAAUCAAAACUACAAUUAUAUAUUGGUACUUAAGAUUAAUAAUUUAGCAGGAAACAACAAUUUUUAAAACUGUGGCAACACUGCUUCAAAAAACCAUGCAGUAGAACGCAUUCGCACGUCGCUUCGUCCGUGGAAAAAUAUGCAUUUUUAAGGAGUUACAAGAGUUAGUCUUGAAAAAAAAACUUUUCAAAUAAUUGUAUUUUAAAAACCAAAAAUCUAUUUUAUUUAAAAUUUACACACAGAAAAGUUAAACAUUUUAAUAAUUUGUAAAAAAAAUUUCAGCUAAAAAUUAAGAAUUGUCGAUUUGUUUGUUCAGUUUUCCUCGUCCAGCCUUUUUUACGAUAGGCUGAAUAUUGUAGUGCAGGUUCAUCCAAAAUUAAAGAUUCGAAUUUUUUUAUAGUUUAUGCCCUUAGCUCGUGAUUGAACGAAGGAAUUGAAAAAAAAUGAAAUUUAAAGAUUUUAAUGAAUUUUCGUCUCAUAUUUUUUGACAUUUUUCGGAUACUCAUCAUUUUUAAAACAUUUUUUUCGUAUAAAACAAGAACGGGUCGACUAAUUGAAAAUCCCUUCGGUCAGUGGCGAAACAAUACUAUAAGAUGAAUUCCGCAAAAUUGGUUGAUUCGUUCGUGAGAAAUUGUGCCUAUCAUAUGUAAAAAUGAAGUUACGAGAAAAACGCGUUUAAAAUUUUUAAACUAACUACGCGAUACUAUAACUAUAUAACUCCGAUAAUAUUCCUCGGUAUUACUUCACAUUUGGUAUAUGUGUAAGUUUGAUUUUGGUAUAAGAAUACUCUUUAAGUACUAUACUUUCAUAUGGAAUAAUUCGAAAAUAUCUAGUUUUUGAAAAUGCAAGACCGAUGUAACCCCUUAAGAGAAUAGGAAAUAAAGCACAAUCCAUUGUUCAAGUUUCGGACUAAUCAGACGAUCUUUGCUAAUGUAGACAAUUAUCUUUUAUUCUUCUCUAAUAUAUAAAUAUUCAUAUCGUAUACUUUAUAUUGUGAUAUUCUAAAAUUCUGCAUUCGAAAUAUAUUAUAUUUUAUGUCAUCAAUCAAGAAUUAUUUUAUACAAGGAACGUCCAGAAAGUAGACCUUUAUUAAAGAGGAAAAGAAAGUUUUCGUCCAUUAACACUAUGUAUUUAUCGUCAGCUAGAGGAAACCUACUGAUCUAAAACCUAAGGAAUGGCAAUCAAUGUAGCUGCAUAUUAUAAGCCACCAAAGAAGUUUCAAAAAUAUUAAAGUCCAAAUGGUACCUGGGGCCAAGACUUUGAAAUAGCAUUUACUUCAACGGCGCAGAUUGCGUCAAAGAGUGGUAAAAUAAUUGUAGUCCAUAAAAAAUAAUAAUUUUUCUUUUUAACACAUGUAUUCUUAUUUUCUGUGGACGUAACUCGUAUAAAUUUAAUAUGUACUUAUUUGUUUUUAUUACUAUACAGCAUUGUUUACAUUAUGGUGAUUACAUAUAUUUUAACCUUAAUUGUAAAUU